UGAGAAGAUUUUCAAUUCUCUUUACGAUGAUUGGUGAAAAAUUUUUAUUGGGGGUCAACCCACCAUUGAGUAUACAGCUCACUGUCUAUACAAUGAUCUUGGGGUCGAUAAUUGCUGCAUUAAAUGAUCUUUCCUUUGAUGCUGUGGGUUACUUUUUUGUCCUCACCAAUGAUCUGUUCACGGCUGGUAAUGGUGUAUACGUCAAGAAGAAACUGGAGAGUAAGGAGCUGGGGAAGUACGGCCUUCUCUUCUACAAUUCCCUUUUCAUGCUCCCAUUUGCCGCAAUUUUCUGUUGGUUUAAUGGAGAUUUAGAUAAGGCACUGGCUUAUGAUGGCUGGAGUGAUGUACUGUUUAUAAUGCAGUUCAUUAUGUCCUGUAUUAUGGGAUUCAUUCUUAUGUACUCUGUGAUGCUGUGUACACAAUUCAACUCUGCCCUCACCACAACCAUCAUUGGCUGUCUGAAGAACAUUUUUGUAACCUACCUUGGGAUGAUUAUUGGCGGAGAUUAUGUCUUCUCCAUGUAUAACUUCCUGGGCCUAAACAUCAGGUAUGUUGACUAAAAUUCUCUUUUGAAUGUUCUGUAAGCUAGACAUUAACUAUAACUCAUUAAAUUGAAAUUUCAAGUCCUGUGUAAUAUAGAGUGUUUUAUAAUCAGUAAUUCCAGUAUCUUGCAUGAAGUUACAACAUGAAAUACCUCCCAAGAGUCACAAAUUGUGUAAAGGAUUAACUGAUGAAGGGUGUCAUCACAGGGCUCUUCCUUGGGGGAGGGAAUCUCCUGAUUGAAUAAUGCCACUCCAAACUGUUUAGUAAGUCUAUGGUAAGGAGUUGCCUGACUUGCUCCCUUCCUCUCUAGGACCAAGUAUAAACCUCAAGUGACCACCCUCACUAUCCUUUCACCAGUCAAACUAAAACAUGUCUGGUCUAUUGAUAUUGCAUUACUCUAAUUCUUUUAAUUAGUUUGGUCUGCCUGGUUCAUAUCUUGGCAUCAUUAAUGGUUUACACUUGCUGUUUACAGGAUCACAGUACAGUACUUAUAAUUAUGACUGUUUCGUCUUAUUUUUCUGAGAUUUUCACUC